GAAACUCAAAACACAGCUACUCACGGGCUGAUCCUGGUGUCCUUUCGCUCAUAAUCAGUCAUAGUCCAACUUUUUGUAUAUUUAUUGAGAUAAAUUAUGUUUUCUAAACCAAACAGGAAGUGUGGUCUCUACAGGUGAGCCUGUAGAAGAACGACGUCAGCAGCGCGCGUGUGUGACCUGCGGUGAUCCACGUUGUGUGAACUUCAGGGUUUGAUGAGCUUCCUGACAGCCCUGAGGAGGAUUAGCUCGUGGAUGCCCGUCCUGCAGCGAUCCUGCACGAGGAGCUGUCAGGUAGGGGCACGAGCCACCUGCAGACUGCUGCAUACACCUGAUCACGCACAUGCAGUCAACACCUGUCAGCGGCAGAGAGGGGCAACUAGCCUGCAGACCAGGGCAUUUGGGCUCUCCGCGUUCAGGCCGAAGAGCACAGAUGACCUCGGCAGCAGCAACGGGUUUCAUGAGGAGGGCGAGGAUGAAGAUUUCUUGGAGGACAGCGAGGUGGAGGAGCUGUUCCAGCAGCAGAUUCCUGCAGGCAUCGGAGAGGAACAGCACAGGGUGUUCAUCGUCCACCCAGAUGUGAAGUGGGGAAGCAGGAAACAGCAUCUGACUACAGCUGAGCUGAUGAUGGCCGAGGCUGAGGGGCUUGUGAACACCUUGGAGAACUGGACUGUGGUGGACAAGAUGAUCCUCUCCACCAAGACUCCAGAGAAGAAGAGGAUAUUUGGGAAAGGGAACUUCCAGACUCUCACAGAGAGGAUCAGGCAAACAGCAGGAAUCACUGCUGUGUUCGUCAAUGUUGAGCGUCUGACUCCUUUGUCUGAGAGGGACUUUGAGGAAGUCUGGGGGGUCAAAGUGUUUGACAGAUACUCAGUAGUCCUCCACAUUUUCCGCUGCAACGCCAGAACCAAAGAAGCCAAGCUUCAGAUCUCACUGGCAGAGAUCCCUCUGUUAAGAUCACGGCUGAAAAAUGAAAUGGCAAACUUGGAUCAACAGGGCGGAGGAUCGAGAUACAUUGGCGGAUCAGGAGAGACGCUGUACGAGAUCCAGCAGAGGCUGUUGAAAGAGCGGGAGAUAAAGAUCCGCUUGGCGCUGGAAAGACUUCGGAAAAAGAGGCACCUCCUGCGAUCUCAGCGCAGACACAGGGAGUUCCCCGUCGUCUCAGUGUUGGGAUAUACCAACUGUGGAAAAACGACUUUGAUCAAAGCUCUGACGGGGGACACCGGCCUCCAGCCCAGAAACCAGCUUUUUGCCACACUGGACGUUACCGUCCAUGCUGGCCAGCUGCCGAGUCACAUGACCGUUCUGUAUGCGGACACCAUCGGCUUCCUGUCCCAGCUGCCCCACCAGCUCAUCGAUUCAUUCGCUGCCACCCUGGAAGAUAUUAAGCAUUCGGAUCUUCUGAUUCAUGUUAGAGACAUCAGCCAUCCAGAGACAGCGAGUCAGAAGGUGAACGUGCUGAAUGUCCUGAAGAACCUGCAAAUGCCCGACAGGCUGAUGAACUCCAUGAUAGAGGUCCACAAUAAAACUGAUCUCCUCACCAAUUACGAGUCUGCAGAGCUCGCUGCUCUGCCUAUAUCAGCCCUGGAGGGGAGGGGCUUGGAACAGCUGAAGGAAGCAGUGGAGGAGGAGAUCUUAAAGGCUACGGGGAAACAAAUUUUAGAUCUCAAAGUUAACCUGAGCUCUCCUCAGCUAAGCUGGCUGUACAAAGAGGCCACCGUUCAGGACGUGCAGGUGGAUGCAGACGAAGGUUCGGCCGUUGUCAAGGUCAUCAUCAGCACCGCUGCUCAUGGGCGCUACAAGAAGCUGUUUGGAAGCAGAUGAGAGGGGAGGAAGGGCGAGAUAGCAGAAAUGUCCAGCACCGUGCCUGACAGUUGGCAUGAUGACCAAAUAUCUCCGCUUUGGUCUCCUAAGGACGCUGAUCCAGAAAUCUUGUGGAUUGUUCAGAUGCAGCUUUGCCAUGUUCUUAUAAGAGAGAAGGUUUCUCCUCCCAAACAGCCUUCAGCCUUUUUCUAAUUUGUUAUCCUGAACUUUAACGAUUAACAUGCUAACUGAGGCCUGUUGAGUGUGAGAUGCAGCUCUUGGGCUUUCUGUCGUUUCUCUGAACAUUGCAGGGUUUGACACUGACGGAAAUUUGAAGGGAUGUCCAGCUGUUGGCAGCUGUUUUGCAUGUUUUUAACGUGGGAAUAAUCUGUCAACACUUGUCAACACACACCUGCAUGUUCCAGGCCAGGAAACUGUCACAACUUCUGCUUUUACAGAGAUACUCACGCAUGCUGAUGCUCAGUUAAUAAAGUUCAUUUGAUUAGCUCGCACCUGGCAGGCACGUGGCCUUUUAUUUCCUACAGCAGCAGUAAGUGUGAAAAACAGUAUCGCUGCACUUUUUCUGUUUUCUUGAUUAGUUUUUUUAGACCUUGGCUCCUGAGCCCUGGUCUGUAAAUACAUUUGCAAAGCACACUGACUAGUUAAGAACUUUUUUGGCAUAUAAACAGCAUUUUGUACUACAAUCAAUAUUUGUACAGCAACACUGGAUCACAUGACUACUCACAUGUGGAGUGUUUAAAUGUAUUUCUUCUCAUUUUUGCUUUCUAUCAUCAACUUACAGUCUUUCUGUCUGCAGCCAACAACUUUUUUAAAUAAGUAUAUUAAGAAGACCAAACAACCUGUUUAAACUUGGGGCCGUCUCGUCUCAGCACCCAUGGCACUGACUUCUCAG